AUGUCCAGGCUCGUGGACUAUUUCGUAAUAGUGGGCUUUGACCACGAGAAAGAAAGAGGUGGACUCAGCAACGGCAUCAUCCUUCAACGAUUCCCAGAAGUCAACUGGGAGGACACACCUUUCCACGACGGCAUAGAAUGGUUCUGUCAGCCGCAAGGAUGGGCACUCUCAACGGAGAGAUCGGAGCCGCGCUUCUACGUGUCAGUAUUGACGGACGUGGAUGCCAACCGUCACUACUGCGCCUGUCUCUGCUUCAACGAAACCGUUGCCAUCACUCCCACCAAACCUGCAGACGAGGACGAAGAAUCAUUAGAUUCGAGUCGACCGGUGGCGAACAUCACUCACCACAGCAUAAUGUACGCGCCCAAGUGCCUGGUCAUCGUUUCGCGGCAAGACUACAUCGAUACAUUCCGGAAUUGCCUCGGCAUAAUCUACACGGUGUGGGUUGAAAAUCUCGGUGUGCCAUUGGAGACGUUAGUUGGUAACCUUUUAGGCUGUGUCCUGGUCCCCCCGGCCGGCGGGCCGCAAGUGCGUUUCAGUAUCGGCGCAGGGGACCGCCAGGCGCUGCAGCCGCCAGCCGCGCCGCCCAUGCCGGUCACUCACACAGCUGUCCAUAUGCUCUUGAGGUUGCUAGGUAUCCACAAUUCAAUAACACUAUGGUGUGCGGUGAUGAGCGAACACAAAGUACUUUUAGUAUCAUUAGCGGCGGCCCGUCUGUCUGCUGCUUGUAGGGCGCUAGCAGCGUUAAUGUUCCCGUUUAGAUAUGCACACGUAUACAUACCGUUGUUACCAGCUGGUCUAGCAGAGGUUCUGGCGACUCCCACUCCCUUUUUGAUAGGGGUUCAUUCUAGUUUGAAGGAAGAAGUGUCGGAAUUGUUGGACGUCAUAGUGGCAGAUCUAGAUGUAGGCUCCCUCCACAUACCAGCAGGAGUUAACAUCCCUCGUCCAGAAGGCAAACUAUUAUCAUCCCUACAAGAAGCCCUAGCAUUAGUUCUACAGCCGGAACUCAAGUCGGCGGACUCGGCCUUCGCCCCGCCCCCGCCAUCCUCCUCACCACCACAUAUGAUGGAUAAGGAGAUACGAGCGGUCUUCAUGAGGACAUUGGCCAAAUUGUUGCAAGGUUAUAGGCACUGUCUCACAAUAAUUAGGAUACACCCGUCCCCAGUCCUGACAUUCCAUAAGGCUGGUUUUUUAGGAGCGCGGGGGCUCUCUCAGUGCCCCUUCGCAGUCAGGCUACUGGACUCCAUGUUCUUCAAUGGGCUAGUCGCUGAGAGGGGCCCUCCCUGGCGACCCACUGAUAUAUGGGAUGAACUAGUUCAAAAUCUUCCAGAGCAGAUGAGGCUGGAAUCUUUGAACAAUGAGUUGGAAUUAGAACACAUACAGGAACUGGCAAUACAGUUACAUCUCAAUGAAAAUCCAAAUCCACAAUCCGACGGUUCCCAGGGCGUGUCCACGCAGACGUACUCGCAGCGCGUGCUGCGGCCGCCGGAGGGCGCGUCGGCGCGCAUCCACCAGCCGCCGCUGCCGGCGCUGGACGCGGCGCGCGUGCACGCCGUCAUUGAGGAGGUCACGGCGCGGAACGCGAACAACCCCAAGUUAUCAGCCCUACGCCUGCCGGCGCCUAGGAUCAUCCCACCCGGCGCGCCGCCCACCGGCGCCGCGGAGCACACGCAGCUGCUUCUAACUAACUCUGCUAGACGACUCGAGGUGCUGCGGUCGUGCAUCGCGGCCAUCUUCGAGUGCCGCUACGCGGACGCGCGCAAGUCGCUGCCGGGCGUGGUGCGGGCGCUGCGGGCGCCGGCCGCGCGCGCCGCGCUCGUGCGCGACCUGGCCGCGCGCCUGCCCACCAACAAGCACCUGCUGCAGCCGCACCAGUUCGAGCUGGUCGUCAGG